CGUUCGGUGAACGUGCAAUUCCCGCCAUGCACAAUGAUCAGGAACAAGCUUCAGAUUCAGAAAUCGUUGAAAUGUGUAUGGCAAAAAAUUGGCAUCGCGGAAUUCUGUGACCACGGGCCAUCCGACCAUCCCGACCGUUGAGUACUUGAAUGCAAGUGUGCAGUGCAAUUGAGUCCAUGAGCAGAUAAGAUGGGCGCCAAGCCCACGAAGCCAAGUUAGCUCGCCACACCAGGCCCCCCCGCUCGGCCGCUCGCCACCGCGAUGCUGCUACUGGCGCGAGCCCCGCCGCCGACCUUGGCGGCCAACUAUUCGCCGAGCCCGGAGCGCGCUCUCCGCCUUCGAAGCAUAUCCUCGUCCAGCGCCGUCACUGCUACGGCCUCCGCUGCGGCGAAGCCGGCGGCCGCGGCUUCCUCCCGGGCCGGGCAAAGGCGCAAGCAGGUGGCGAGCGUGGCGAACCCGCUCGUGAAGCACUGCGUGAAGCUCCGGCUCUCCGCCGCGUACCGCCGCUCCUGCCGCCGCCUCCUCCUCGUCGGCCUCGCGCCCAUCCUGGAGAUGUGUAGGUUUGAGCUCGACGCCAUCGAUCACCUGCUUCUCCUGGAUGGCGUGGAGGUCCCGGAGGAGCUGCGCGAGUUCUCUGGCGACGUCGUGUUUGUCAACGCCGCGGUGAUGAAGAAGGUGUCCGGCAUGCAGUCGGUUGAUUCCACCGAGGCGAUUGCUGUCAUGCACAUGCCUAGGCACUUCCGCGACCUCGGGAGCCAUGAGGAUGGGGAUUCUCUUCAUGGGCUGUUCAAUCAUCCAAAGAGGAUUCUGGUCCUUGAUGGGAUACAGGAUCCUGGUAACCUUGGAACGCUGAUAAGAUCAGCUUGUGCUUUCAAAUGGGAUGGGGUAUUUCUUCUCCCAGCUUGUUGUGAUCCUUUCAAUGAAAAGGCUCUUCGUGCAGCCCGUGGAGCCUCUUUGCAGCUUCCUAUUGUCUCUGGUACCUGGCAUGACCUGCAUGCAUUAAUGACUAAAUAUGAUAUGAAGAUGAUGGCAGGCCAUCCAGAAAGUAGCAGUGAUGCAUCCAAAGGGAUCCACUCGCUGUCCGAAGAACUAGCUGAUUCACUCUUGAAUGAGUCUCUGUGCUUAGUGUUAGGAAGUGAGGGGAAUGGCCUCUCUUCAGAAACCCUCCAAGCCUGCGAGCUUGUAAACAUUCCGAUGGAAGGACUUGUUACAGGAUCUUUCAUGAUUCACCACUGCUGACUUGGUAUUGUGCUCGUCCUCAAAUAAAACACACUAUCACCUUCUAGUGGUGUCACUUCAACUUGUUCCGGGCUGAUUUAGUUGGAUUUUCAAAGGCGUGCUUUCAGGUGGAGCUUGCUUUGUUAACAGGUAAGACCGUAAGAGCAUCCUGAGUCAUAACUCAUAAGCAAUCUGGAUUUGACUGUUGCAAUCAAUGUAUGCAUGCUUGUAGCUCACUGAAAUGUUAGUGCUGCUUCCAAUUCCUGUCUUCUUUGAUGCUAGACCAAUUUCUUUCAAGGAACCAUGUUGUACCAGUUCAUAAAGGAUUUUCGGGCAUCUACAAUCAUUUUUCCUUAGUUUAUCUGUGAAUAGUGGUUUAUUUUAUUUCUUUUUUCCAUGAAAAAUAAUAUCGCCAUUCUCACUUUCAACUUCUACUGUUCUGCUUAGCAGUGGUCUUUUCUUCUUCUUUUUUAACCUCUUGGAGUAAUAGCAUCUGUUUGUAGGAAAUCCGUUCUGCAGGGUUUUUUUUCAUUUUUUUCUAAAGCAGUAGCAUCUGUUUUUAGGAAAUCCUAAUUUGACUUGCCUUCUGUGCUUCAAUGCUUUGUUGUAUGCAGCUCAUAAGGUGAUUAUGUUUAUAAAAAAAAUUGUUAUAGUAGUUGUAAAUUGCUCUUGCUCUGAACAUUUUUAUGGGAAGUGUUAUUGACUCAUUAAAAUAUUAAUAAUAACUGUUUUUGUAUCUUUCCCUUUUUUCAAUUUAUUUAAAUACCUUUACCUGUAUAAACUGCUUGAUACUCAGGGAAUGAGAUGAGGAACCCAUUUACACAAGCAGAACUGUUGGUGUAUUGCUUGCCUUGUCUGCUGCAACUGGAAACAAAUACACUAUCUCCUGUUGUGAAAAGGCGUUACGCUAUCUUCGGUAUGCUGAGUAACCAACCACUAGGCUGUCUAGGCACAAGCAAUCAAAUACAUAUUUUUACAGAAUCUGUAUCGAAAGUUUAUAGUGAGACACAGCAUUCGGAUGCUUUGCCACCAAAGUACUAAGAUGCUACCUGUGCUGACACCUGAAAAAAAUAACUAAUAGGAAACAAAGUUAAAGUUGAUUGAUCAAUGCGCUGGCUGGCACUAUAGAACAUCAAGAUGUUGGAUAAAGCAACGAAACACUAAUUGUAGUUGUAAUUUGAACACACCGUCAUUCUAGGAGCAUGGUUCUGUACUGCUUUAUUACUCUAUUCAGUUUGCUUUUUGUCUAUUUGCCAUAAACAACUUGUUCAGGUUGUCUUUAGGUGGUCCAAGCACUAGUUAGCAACUCCCCGAACCAGUCAGCCUUUAGGAGCAUAGGCUAAAACAUUGGGUAACCUUUCUCCUUUCUUAGCAAAGCUUCCAUAGUUCCGCUUAAUUUUGUAAUGGAUUCAAAUGGUUUAGCUCACAGUCUAAUAUUGUUUCUGGCUUGCAUAUUCUUUAAACAUGACUGGAAUGUUUUGAUCUGUA